GGUGAGGAGUGGGUGGGUACGGGCGAUAGCCCUGGCGGGGAUGGGAGCCACGGAGAGCGGGAAUAACCGCGUGGAGAGAGGAGCGGCGGCGGCGGCGACUGUACGGGUGCCUGGUAAGGCGAGAGGGCCGAUGGCGGAGGCUUCCCCCUGAGCAGCUGGGCCUUGCUGCCCCUCGAGCGGCGCGAGGAGCCUGCCUUUCCGGUGCAAUAUGUUCAAGAGAAUGGCUGAGUUCGGGCCUGACUCCGGCGGGAGAGUGAAGGGUGUAACUAUUGUGAAGCCUAUAGUGUAUGGGAAUGUUGCACGCUAUUUUGGGAAGAAACGAGAAGAAGAUGGACACACACAUCAAUGGACAGUUUAUGUUAAACCUUAUAGAAAUGAGGAUAUGUCUGCUUACGUAAAGAAAAUCCAGUUUAAGUUACAUGAAAGCUAUGGUAAUCCACUGAGAGUUGUAACUAAACCACCAUACGAAAUCACUGAAACAGGGUGGGGUGAAUUUGAAAUCAUCAUCAAGAUAUUUUUUAUCGACCCUAAUGAAAGGCCUGUGACCUUGUAUCAUCUUUUGAAGCUGUUUCAAUCUGAUACUAAUGCAAUCUUGGGGAAGAAAACUGUAGUUUCUGAAUUUUAUGAUGAGAUGAUUUUUCAGGAUCCAACUGCUAUGAUGCAGCAGCUGUUGACCACAUCGCGUCAGUUAACGCUUGGUGCUUAUAAGCAUGAAACCGAGUUUGUUAAUGUAGAGGUAAAAACCCGAGAGAAGCUAGAAGCUGCCAAGAAAAAAACCAGUUUUGAGAUUGCUGAACUUAAAGAAAGAUUAAAAGCAAGUCGUGAAACUAUCAACUGCUUGAAAAAUGAAAUCAAGAAACUUGAGGAUGAUGAUCAGUCUAAAGAGAUAUAGCUUAUAUUUGCUCUGGGACUGGAAUUAAACUCUGUUCUUGUAAUUAAAUUGUUAACAUAUGAGGUGAUGGCAUAUAACAAGGCUCCAAAGGUAGGAGAGUGAGAAUGUGUAUGCGAGAGAGAUUCAGCAUAUGACAUUUCACUAUUAAAAGUUUUUUAAAAUAAAGAUUAUUUUCAUAGUUUAAAUACAAUUGUCUUUUCUUUUUCUUUUAAUAGCAUAGUGCUCUGUUUAUAAAAAAAGAAGGAAAAAUAGACCCACCCCCCGUUAUCCUUGAGAGUUAAUAGACAUGCUCCUCUUGUAAUUUGCUGAGCCUUAUGUGAAAUCUCACCACAGUAUUGGUUAGAAAAUGUUUAGAAAACAUACUGUUUGUUUACAUGAUAAGCAUUUGUUGACUUAGAUAAAAAGAAAUUCUGUGUUGCACUGGUAGAUAAAGUAACUGUGUUGUUACUUGCCACUUCUUUUUGACUUUAUCAAAAUCAUUGAUAAAACGAAUGUGCCAUUGCAGAAAGAAGAAUCACUGAUGGAUUUUACAUUGGUGCAAAUUGAAAACUGAUCAUAAUUCUAAGUGAAUUGAUGAUAGUAACUAUACCUAUUGCUUUGAGUUCCAUGAAUAAAAAAUACCAUUAUGAAACA